GGCACCCUAGCAGUCCUGUCCAAAAACGUUAACAAAAUCCAGCAGAAAACUUCCACACUCGCAGACACAAGUACCUACACUCGCUAACACAGAAAGGGGAUAAAAACCGGAGACCAUGGCCAAAAAGGAGGAGCCCCUUAUGGACGGGCCCAAGCGGAUGAACCGCGAGUUGGCCCUGAUGCUGGAGGACAAGCAGAACCUGCAGUUCCGCAACUUGUGGGUGGAGCCGAAUAACAUCUACAAGUGGUCAGGGCUUUUGAUGCCGGUUGCUCCGCCAUAUGACAAGGGCGCCUACAAAAUGGAGAUCGACUUUCCACUGGACUAUCCAUUCAAGCCACCCCGCAUCCACAUAAAUACCAAGAUGUACCACCUGAAUGUCAACGAACGUGGACAGAUUUGUGUGCCUAUUCUGGAGAUCGAGCACUGGAUCCCCACCACUCGGAUCGACCAAGUCCUGCAGGUUCUGCUGGCCACUAUCAACGAUCCGCAGCCGGAAAAUGCCUGGCACAUGGAAAUGGCCGGGGAAUAUCGUAAUGAUCCGGUCAGGUUCUUUAAAAUGGCCGAUGCCUGGGUCCAGAAGUACAGUGAACGCCGGCCCACGGAAGAGGAACUGGCUAAGUUCGCCCGCAAGCGCAAAAAAGCCAUGUCGAAGGAUUAGAAGUUAAAUUGUGUGAACUGAUUCUAAGGUUCAUAAGUUAUAGGUGAUGAAAAUUAAAUGGGUAAACUUAAUAUGCCAGACAGU